AUGACUACAAACGUGGAGAAGCAAAUUAAUGGAAGUAAUGGCAUUAAGAGUAAUCCAGGAAGUUCAAAAAAUUCCCCAGUGAAAAGCAAUGAACACUAUCCUUCACAGUGCAAAAAGGAAACAUUUAAAUUUGAAGUUCCACCAGAAGCUCCAGUGUUCUACCCAACAGAGGAAGAAUUUCAGGAUCCAUUAGCUUACAUUGCAAAAAUACGACCUAUUGCUGAAAAUACAGGAAUAUGUAAAAUAAAACCUCCAUCACAUUGGCAACCUCCUUUUGCAGUGGACGUAGAUAAACUAAGAUUCACACCACGUAUUCAAAGACUAAAUGAAUUGGAGGCCAAAACUAGAGUCAAACUGAAUUUUUUAGAUCAAAUAGCAAAGUUUUGGGAGUUGCAAGGUUCAUCUCUCAAAAUUCCUAUGGUCGAAAGAAGAGCCUUAGAUCUAUAUACAUUACAUAGAGUGGUACAAAUUGAAGGGGGUUUUGAUAAUGUAACAAGAGAAAGGAAAUGGUCUAAAGUGUCACAUAAAAUGGGAUACCAAGUAGGAAAGAGCAUUGGUACAAUACUUAAAACUCAUUAUGAAAGACUUCUGUUCCCAUUUGAUGUUUUUAAACAAGGAAAAUCGGUUGAGUUGAAAUUAGACGAUUCCCCUGAGGAUGUUGAAAAAACCGAUAAAGAUUACAAACCUCACGGUAUUGUGAGUCGAAUGCAAAUAAAGCCACCUCCAGAAAAAAACGCCAGACGUUCCAAACGUUUUGAAAAUACUGAUUCUGAUUGCAAGACUGAAAAUUUAGCACUUAAGAUUAAAGAAGAGAAGGACGAAAAAGACGGAAAGGAAGAAAAGGUGGAAAAGGUGGAAAAAACGGAAAAACCUGAAAAAAUAGAGAAGGUAGAAAAGAUGGAUAAAAUGGAUAAGGUGGAAAAGACGGAAAAAAUGGAAAAGAAGGAAAAACCAGAGAAAACGGAAAAAAAGGAAAAAGAAGAAAAAGAGUUGAAAGAUGAGAAAUCAGAAGAUGAAGAUGGUGGCAACAAAGAACUACGGCGUCUCCAAUUUUAUGGAGCUGGCCCAAAAAUGGCUGGCUAUGAUGACAAAAAAGAACACAAGCCCAGAUCGAAAAAUGUCAAAUAUGAGUUCGAUCCAGUAAGUUCAAAUCUGGCCAAAUAUGUGUGCCACAAUUGUAAUCGCGGAGAUGCAGAAGAGUACAUGCUCCUCUGUGACGGCUGCGAUGACAGUUAUCACACCUUCUGUCUCCUCCCACCCCUGUCGGAGAUCCCCAAAGGUGACUGGCGCUGUCCAAAGUGCGUGGCCGAAGAAGUGUCCAAGCCAAUGGAGGCCUUCGGAUUCGAGCAAGCUCAGAGAGAAUACACUCUGCAACAGUUCGGUGAAAUGGCCGAUCAAUUCAAGUCCGAGUAUUUCAACAUGCCCGUACACAUGGUUCCCACAGGAACGGUAGAACGUGAGUUCUGGAGGAUAGUAUCUUCAAUUGACGAAGAUGUUACCGUUGAAUAUGGUGCAGACUUACAUACCAUGGACCAUGGUUCAGGUUUCCCGACGAAAUCAUCGACCAACCUUUUUCCUGGUGAUAAGGAAUACGCUGAAUCUAGCUGGAAUUUGAACAACCUUCCAGUCCUGGAAGGCUCUGUACUCGGAUACAUUAAUGCCGAUAUAUCUGGCAUGAAAGUUCCAUGGAUGUACGUUGGCAUGUGUUUCGCAACUUUCUGCUGGCACAAUGAAGACCAUUGGAGCUAUUCCAUCAACUAUCUGCACUGGGGUGAAGCCAAGACCUGGUAUGGUGUACCGGGAAGCAAGGCUGAAUCUUUCGAGGAAACCAUGAAAUCGGCUGCGCCAGAGCUGUUCCAUUCACAGCCGGACUUGCUGCAUCAGCUGGUCACCAUCAUGAACCCCAAUAUUCUCAUGAAUGCUGGUGUCCCGGUCUACAGAACUGACCAACAUGCUGGAGAAUUUGUGGUCACUUUUCCUAGGGCUUACCAUGCCGGAUUCAAUCAAGGGUACAAUUUUGCGGAAGCUGUCAACUUCGCUCCAGCCGAUUGGCUACGUAUGGGGAGAGAAUGUGUUUUGCAUUACUCUCAUCUCAGAAGGUUUUGUGUGUUUUCUCAUGAUGAGCUUGUUUGUAAAAUGGCGCUGGAUCCGGAGAAACUGGAUCUUACUAUCGCUGCUGCCACUUACCAAGACAUGCUUGUUAUGGUGGAUACAGAAAAGAGACUGAGAAAAACCUUACUAGAUUGGGGUGUGACCAACGCAGAGCGUGAGGCGUUCGAACUACUUCCAGAUGACGAACGACAAUGUGAGAUUUGCAAAACCACAUGCUUCCUUUCAGCCAUGACAUGCAAAUGUUCCUCAGAGGUACUGGUGUGCCUCAGACAUUACAAAAACCUUUGUGAAUGUCCUGCACCGAAUAGAACUUUGAGAUAUCGCUAUACGCUGGAUGAACUCCCGGUAAUGUUGAAAGCUUUAAAACUGAAGGCAGAGUCUUUCGAUCAUUGGGUAGCUAGAGUGAAAGACGCUCUGGAUCCGAAAACGCCAAAAACCCUAAACCUUUCAGAUCUGAAAGCGUUGCUCAGUGAAGCUGAUGGCAAGAAGUUCCCUAAAUGUGAUCUAUUGCAAACUUUAACCAGUGCGGUCGAAGACGCUGAAAAGUGUGCUAGUGUCAUACAUCAACUAGACCUGAACAAAAUGCGUACCAGAACGAGGAAUUCCAAUGACACCAAGUACAAACUUACAGUAGAAGAGUUGACAUUGUUCUGUGAAGAAAUCGACAGCCUAGCUUGCAUUCUAGAAGAAGCCAAGAGCAUUAAGGAGCUGCUACUGCAAUCGAGGAAGUUUGAAGAGAAAAGUGAGAAACUGCUAUCAAUGCCACUAGUGGAUUGCACGGUUUCAGAACUAGAAGCAUGUAUCUCUCACGGAAACGGGCUAUGCAUUGAACUUCCGAAUCUUCGACAAAUCUCGACAAGGUUGAAGCAAUGCCAAUGGCUCGAAAGUAUCGACAAUUACCAGAGUAAGUCUGAUGUGAUGGGUCUCGAAGCUAUCAAGAACUUGAUACAGGAAGGAACACUUCUGCCACCUCACCCUGAGUUGGAAGAACAGUUGUCCAAACUUCAAAGUGUUUUACAGGCUAGUGAGUUAUGGGAAGAACAGGCAGCAGAAGUACUCAAGUCCGAGGACAAUAACGUACUGAUACAAGUUGAUAAGCUUUUGAAAGAAUCAUCUAAAAUAUCGUGCUUCCUACCGACAGAAGGACACCUAUUUGACUCAAUGAAAAAAGCUCGGGAUUGGUUGAGAAUGUUGGAAGACAUGAACUCAGCUGAGUACUAUCCAUACUUCAGCGCUAUGGAAGAACUCAUAAAGAAAGGCCGUAACUUAUCCUUGCAUCUGGUUGAAGUAGACAGAAUGAACGACUAUCUUGUACUAGCUACAGGCUGGAAAGAGAAAACUAGUCGGGCUUUUUUACGAAAGAAUUCAACUGUAAUCUUGAUGGAGGCGUUGUCUCCAAGGGUGGCGAUUAUGAAUGGAAUCAAGACAAACAAGAAAGGCCGGAAAGACGAUGAAGAACCGUCAAUAUCACUUACUAGCUCUAUGGAUCCAGCAGCUGUCGUAUCGGUCUUCAAAGACGCAGAAGACACUGAAAUGGCAUUGCUGAAAAAACUGAGAGCAACAAAUAUGGCGAAAAGUUUAGAUCCCAGUGAAAACAGUACCUUCUGUAUUUGUGGUAGAGGACCUUUCGGAGUAAUGAUGCAAUGCGAGUUGUGCAAAGACUGGUUUCACUCGACGUGUACCCAACUCCCCAAAGUAUCGAUAACAAAGUACAGAGGAAGCUUUACCAACGUCGCAUUGCACAUGGCUUUCAAGGACUGUAAAUUCCUCUGCCCUAACUGCCAACGCACCAAGCGUCCAAGACUCGACGUCAUCCUAGGCUUGCUGAUGUCCUUGCAAAAGUUAUACGUCAGAGUUCCAGAAGGUGAAGCCCUACAAUGCCUGACGGAAAGGGCCAUGAACUGGCAGGACAGAGCCAGGCAACUUCUGCAGAACCCGGAGCUAGAGAUAGCCAAAAACAAGCUAGCUAUGUUCAGCCAGAAGUAUAGCGAGGCUGCUGCCCGGCAGAGGACUGAGAAGAUAAUUUCCAAUGAACUGAAGCGAGCGUCUAAAAACCCCGAGUUGCACCAAAGAGUACAAGAAAUCGCACCCUACAGUGGUAUCAUAGAGGAUGGAAUGACUUGUGAUAGUGGGAUAAACGAUUCCGAUGACGCUUCGAGGGAGUCUAGGGAAUCGGACGACCGCAUGGGGGAACACGCUUAUUCCUUGCAUCUUCCUAAGGUCGGUGAUGGAGAAGAUUAUACUCUUCAUAUCAGUUCAGAUAUCAAGAAGCAGUUGGAAGAGCUGCUUCUGGAGGGAGAUUUGCUGGAAGUGUAUUUAGAUGAAACUUUUGCACUUUGGAAGCUGCUUCAAGCAUCAAGAGAUCCAGAGAGAGAACCCAUCCUCAUAGAUUUUGAUGCUCACUUGAAGACAACUCCCAAGAAGAGAGGCCGGAAACGUCUAUCCGAAGAGAUAGAUUCAAUAAAGAAAAUAACGAAAACUAUCAAAGUAGAACCGGAAAAGAAAAUCCGUGGUCGCAAGAUCAAAACCACCAAAGAAAUCACAGGAAAGAAGCGAAGUUACAAGAAAAGAGUCGGCCGAUGUCAGUCGACAGCGUCAGACAGCGACGACAAUGACGAUGACGAAAGUUGUGCGGCAAAUGGCUGCCAAAAACCGACUGGCCAAAAUGUAGACUGGGUGCAAUGCGAUGGCGGAUGCGAACAGUGGUUCCACAUGGCCUGUGUCGGUUUAUCUGCUGAAGAUAUCAAUGAAGACGAAGACUAUAUUUGCCUGACCUGUUCAAAAAGUACCACCUACGAGAAUCUGGAUAGCCGAUCGAGUAGCCCCCGAUCUCCCGAUUCCACACAGCCUUCCACUUCCAGAGACGUUUCAUAG